UAUAAUUUUAAUACAGAAUAAGUGCUUGGAUCUACUGCUGCAGCGCCUGCAUUUGGUUAAGUUAAUUAAAUUUUAACCUAUCCCUCAACUAUGCACUUCCGUAAAUGUGUUGCUUUGGUAGUUCGAGAGUAUGUGGGUCAAGAUGCUAAGCUUCCAGUCCACCAAGUUGCCGCAGAUGACAUUACCAAAUUCUGUGAAUCCUACAAACACUCUGAGUUUAUACAAUGUAUUUAUUAUGCACUCUGUGGUGUGGAGGCCUCAACAGUUAAAGCAAAACAAACUGUGCUUUAUUGGUUAAGGUUCCCUCACACCAUAAACCUUAUCUUGUUCAAUGAAUUGAAGGGAAACAACAAAAACUUGGGAGGAGAUCUUGGCGAUUACCCACAAUACGACCCACAAAAAAAGUGGGUUACGUUGUGGGUACACCAAGUUUUCCUCCCGAGUGAGGAAACUUUGAAGGCUAUAACAGAGGUUCUUGAUAAUUAUCAGAACCCCCUUUAUCCUAAUUUCGAUAUUCCAAAAUCUCCGAAAUCAAAAAAAAUGAGACGCAGGCCCAUUUGUAUUGAAGUAAGAAUUUUAUAAUUUUAUUUAAAUAUUGUAUUGAAAGUUUCAAACUAAGCUAUAAUUUAAUAUUUUUUUUUUCCAG